UCUCUCUCUAAUCUGUGUAACAUAGUGAUUACUUGCUCUGUGUUUGCUUUUUUUUUAAUUUGCCGUUUUGAAUUUAAAAAUCAACUGUCUUAUCGUUUAAUUGUAUUUAAAUAAAUAAUUUCUUGUCAGUUGUAACUAUACAUUUAUUCUUCCAUACAUUUAAAUUACUAAAAGAAAAAUGAUCAACACCGUACCUUGGAGUGGAGGUACUGACGAAGAAUAUGAAACUCAACAUUUUGGUUUUGGUGCGCAAAGAUUAAAAAUUGCAAUUCGCCAAAUGGUGGAACAAAAAAUAACAAAUGGAGUUAAAGACAUGGAAUCUUAUUUGAAAGAAUCAUUGAGAUUGAAUGAUAAAGAUAAAGCUACUAUAACUCAUUCGUUUGAUAAACUUAUAAAGUUGUUUUGCGACCGCGCUGAACCCUCACUUGAUAUUAUAGAUGGCGAAAUAGAAAGAAUAUUUAGGAUUCCAUCCAAUGUACUUUUACCUGAAGAUGAAGCUCAGCUGCAAGAUAUAUCUGAUACAGACUACGAGAGUCUCAAGGCAGAAGUAGCAGAUUUACGAAAACGAGUCGAAAGAGGAGUCCUAAUGGAAGCAUUGCUGACAGCAGAGGAAGAAGAGCUGUCCUCAAUAGAAAAUAUAUGUGAAACUGCAAAAAAAGAUAUGAAACUAUUAGAUUUACUCCACAAGAGUAUUGACGGCAGUGAUAGCUUGAAAACAAUUCAAAAUGACACACAAUUCUUAUGUGCAAGUGUGCCAUAUAUAAUGAAGAAUAAUUCUGGUGUUGAAUUAUUUGAAGAUUAAUUUAGGUUUAUUAUAUAAAAUAACAUUUAGCAAAAACCUAAUGCAAUGAAAAAAAAAAUAGAAAGAAAAUAUGGUAAUUAAUAGUUUUUAAAAUAUAUUCUAAGGCCUUCAGAUCUAUUAAAGAUCAUUAGCAGUGUGUUUAAGGUAUAGUCAUCAACAGAAGAACAUGACCAUGACAUGAACAGAACGAAAUGUAUUUCUAAAGUUUUGGGAACAAAUUUUGUAUGUACGGCCAUAGAUAAUAAUUAUAAUGCUAUGUAUGACGAAAAAUGUUCACUAGAAACGAACCAAUAGAUGGAGAGUGUUCAUUUCAAAUCAUUCAAUUCAUAAACCUAGAAUAAAGUUGCUCUAAAUUUGUUGUACUAUAAGCAGUAUACAUUUAUAUAUACAUUACAAAUUCUGGAACAUCCUUAUGUUGCUGGGAACUAUGUUACCUAUAUCAGAGCCGAAUUUUAUAGUUUCUAAAAAAAAGCUUAUUCCUUCCUAAAAGGCUGACAACACACCACACCUGCAAUUUCUCUGGUAUAUGUUAUUAAAAAGCACUACUAAACGGCCGCUAGCAGAGGG